AUGACCCUCCGUCGCGUCGCCUCGCUCUCUGGCGACGAGGCGAGCUCACUGCAAGAUUGGGAGCAUGAGUACGAAAUCGACGUGGGUGUUGAUUGGGAUUUUUGGAUCUUCACAAGCUCAUUUACAGCAAGGAAGGAACCUCCUAUGGAUGUCGUCGACCCUCCCCCAUGCCCACCAGGCUCGCCGUUCCCCCGCGAAUUCAGGACGACUCCCCCGGCACUGCACCCCACUUCAAAGUCAGCGACGACUUUUCUCCUCAACUCCCAGUACCACAGUCCCCGUCUAUGUCCUUUGCUGGCCGCUACCGCUGAUUCCCUCACUUUCCCCAGUUUCACCCACCACGACUUCUGCAGCGCGUCCGGCACAGCGGUGACGAUGUCAAAACCUUUCGGAGGUGCAGCGGCUGCGCCGCAGACUGUCGAUAAGCCCAUCGUCGUCGCAGUGUCGCCGCCGUCUCCCCCAGUAACAUCCUCCUUGCCUCUAACGGCGACGGCGACUUCUCUGGAGCUUCAAGUAUUGGUUGUCGUCGACGUCGUCUUGAUGCCGCCGACGACUUUUUCACGGUAUUACUCCCUUCCUCGCUUCUCACGGCGACUACGACCCUUUUCCGGCCUCAAGCGCAGCGACGAUGAGUGGAACAGCAGUAUUACCACCAAGGGCCACUACGGGGACCGUGGUUACGGUUCUCCUCUUCGUCGUCUGAAGCCCGCUCACCUACCCCACCCCCCCUUCUACACCGACGACGACUUUCUCCCGGCGUUCAAGUGCCAUGGCAACUCUAUUUUCGAAGAGCCAAUAUUCCAGAAGAGCUACGAGGACCGUAUCAAUGGUCUUCGUCAUCGUUGCUGUCCCGCCGCUGCUGCCACGUCUCAGCACUCCUUGCUUUGCGGACUUCUCCACCCAUGA